AUGUCAGUGGUUCAGAUGGUGAAGAUGGUGGGUCUGGGGGCUGUGGCCCUCACUCUCAGUGUGGAGUGGUUGGGCUGGCUCUUCUGUCGCCUCUGGCCCCGGAAAAUAUCCACCGGGCCCCUGAAAGAAGUCUUCUUUUUCCCUACAGAGGUCGCCUGCACGGAGCGUCUCUUCACUCCUAACUCACCAUUCCCCUGCCCCUGUCCUUUACCCCACAACAUCAACACCUCCUUCACCCGUCUCCUGGGCCACAUCCUGUCUGCCUCCUCCUCCUUGGACCUGUGUGUGUUCGCCUUCACCAACCUGGACCUGAGCCGGGCCGUGCUGGCCCUCCACACCAGGGGCAUCCCCAUCCGUAUCCUCACUGACAUGGACUACACCCUCAUCACCGGCUCCCAGAUAGGGGCCAUCCGCAGAGCAGGCAUCUGUGUGAGGUGUGACUCCGGCGCCGUCCACAUGCACCACAAGUUCGCCGUGGUGGACGGCCGGCGCCUAAUCACCGGCUCCCUGAACUGGACGCUGACAGCCAUCCAGAGCAACAAGGAGAACAUCCUGGUCACGGAGGAACCAGACCUAGUCCUGCCCUUCAUCACUGAGUUCCAGAGGCUCUGGGAUGUCAAUGACCCGGCUAGGAGACACCUGUCGUCCAUCGCUGAGAAACCUGCUAGUUUAGUACUAUAGAGAGACAGAGAAACAUGGCUGAAAUGUUUGUAUGGUCAGUAGCUGGUGGUUACUUUUGGUUUACCAACUGGUACAGUGAUUAUGUAGAAUGUUUUAUUAUAUUUUCCAUUUGUGAGAAACCUGCUAGUUUAGUAUUAUGGAUAGAAAGGUGUAUGGUCCUUAUCUGGGACAAACCUGUCCAAAUAAAAACAGUAUUUAUAUAAGUGUAGUGUGGUACAUUAGGAUUGGGCAGUACUGGUCAAGUACAUGAUGUAUAAUUUGGGUAGUUUGCUAUCUAGUAGUUUUAUAUUUUUUUCAAUCUCAGAUAAACCUGCUCAUCCACAUUUUAUCAGAGAAACCAGCUUUCUUCGUCAUGUAGAUAGACUGAGAGAAACAUGGCUUUCAUCUGUAGUUUCCUACUUCAGUAGAAGUAAUAUAUUUUUUGACAGUUCAAUCGCUGCUUUAGACUGGUGUGGGGAUGAUGUAGA